UGAGCCGGGGCCAGUGACAAUUGAGAGUGUCCCAGAGUCGACUCUCGCUUGCUGACAUCACUGGGAGUCAUUAGUAUUCAGGAGAUGGGAAGGCUGCUACAGAAUAGGAUCCUGACUCACAGAGAGAGCUGACAAUUAAACUUGAUGGGGAUGAAUAUUUCCUUUACAAGAUUUUGGAGAGCAAAUUGGACCUGACGCUUUGCUACAAAGGGUCAUUUGGAAGAGAGUGUUGGAUUUGUUGGGACUGAAAAAAAAAAAGGGAAGAGGGUAACAACAAAAAGCUGGGGUUCUAAAAAGAGACCCUUUAAACAGCAGCACAGCCUUCUCUCCAAAGAGGGCAGGAAUCACUGUUGUACUGUUGAUGCUUUCCAACAGCACAUUCCCUCUCAGCCAGCAGUAUGCUCCGUGUGCGGGGCUAUUCGGAGAGGCUUUGACAAAAGCGGCUGCUCAUUUCUACAGAAAGACAAUCUCCCUGGGUCUGUCAUGCUGGGACAGGAGAGGUAACCCCCUUGUGUUCCUUUGCACAGCCGAGAUGUUUGUUGUGCCGGCGACAUGGAAAAGAGAAUCAAACUGUAAAAACUAAGCAGCUCACGGAUCUGGCAGCAACUCCCUGCAGCCUGGGGUCUUCGGCUGUACCGGGAAUAGGAAGAUUUGUCUGCAUUGUAAGUGCCCGCGGGAGGAACACAGCGCCACGGCAAUGCCCCUGGAAAUGGAGAAAACUAUGAACAAGCUGAUGUUUGACUUUCAGAGGAAUUCCACCUCCGAUGACGACUCCGGUUGCGCCCUGGAAGAAUACGCCUGGAUUCCUCCCGGACUGAAACCAGAACAGGUUCACCAGUAUUAUAGCUGCUUACCAGAUGAUAAAGUUCCUUACGUCAAUAGCCCCGGAGAAAAAUCCAGAAUAAAACAACUUCUGCACCAGCUGCCUCCGCAUGACAAUGAGGUCCGGUAUUGCAAUUCGUUAGAUGAAGAGGAAAAGCGAGAGCUGAAACUGUUUAGCAACCAAAGAAAAAGAGAGAAUUUAGGAAGAGGCAACGUCCGACCUUUCCCAGUAACCAUGACUGGUGCCAUCUGUGAGCAGUGUGGUGGUCAGAUCAAUGGAGGGGACAUGGCUGUCUUUGCAUCGAGAGCAGGGCAUGGAGCAUGUUGGCACCCUCAGUGCUUUGUGUGCAUCAUCUGCAAUGAAUUGCUGGUUGACCUUAUCUACUUCUACCAAGAUGGAAAGAUCUACUGCGGCAGGCACCACGCUGAGUGUCUGAAGCCUAGGUGUGCGGCAUGUGAUGAGAUUAUUUUUGCAGAUGAAUGCACAGAAGCCGAAGGAAGACAUUGGCACAUGAAGCACUUUUGUUGUUUUGAAUGUGAAACGGUACUGGGGGGCCAACGGUAUAUCAUGAAAGAAGGACGUCCGUACUGUUGUAACUGCUUCGAGUCUCUCUAUGCCGAAUACUGCGACACGUGUGCACAACAUAUAGGUAUCGACCAGGGACAAAUGACCUAUGAUGGCCAACACUGGCAUGCAACCGAGAACUGUUUCUGUUGCGCACACUGUAAAAAAUCCCUGCUGGGACGGCCUUUCCUACCCAAACAAGGGCAGAUUUUCUGCUCCAGAGCAUGCAGUGUGGGAGAAGAUCCAAAUGGCUCGGACUCUUCAGAUUCCGCCUUUCAAAAUGCAAGAGCAAAGGAAUCCCGGCGUAGUGCUAAGAUCGGAAAGAACAAAGGAAAGCUCGAGGAUGGCAACAUGAACCAGUGUGGCCCCUUACAUGUGGCUUCUAACAGACUUUCUGCUGAUGUGGACCCCCUUUCUAUGCAGAUGGAUUUGCUAAGUGUAUCUAGUCAGAAUCCAAGCUUAAACAGGGAUCAGCUAUGGAGGAGCAGAGAUGAGCUCUACCACUAUGGCAACAAGAUUGAGAGAAGCCAGUCCCAGAGUCCUUUGCAACUUCUCAGUCAGUGCAACAUAAGGACUUCUUAUAACACUGGCCAGGGGGCUGGGGCCCAGUCUGAUAUGUGGGCAAAACAUUUCAACAACCAGAAAAGAAGCCUGUCCAUGAUGGGCCACAGUGAAAGCUUCUCUCAGGAAAGCAGGGAAGACUAUUAUCAAGGCAGGGUGAGGCAACAGGAGAGCUUCAGCGAUGCGUCCAACCACAGUUUCAACGAGGCGAGAUCCAGUCUCAGAGUUCCCAAGUUUGAGGAAAAGAAGCAGAUGAACUCACAGCAGUGUCGAUCCAGGCAUCCAAUCAAUGCACUUAAAUUCACUGAAGGGUUGACCCCUACGGAGCAAACUCCCCGCGGAUCAAUGGAAUCUCUUGCCCUCUCCAAUGCCACAGGUGCAUCUGCAGAUGGGGGUCCUAAACGUCAGGAACAUCUGUCUCGAUUUUCCAUGCCAGACCUGAGCAAAGAUUCUGGGAUGAAUGUUUCCGAAAAACUGAGCAACAUGGGAACGUUAAACUCCUCUUCUCAGUUCCGGAGCGUCGAGUCCGUCCGAAGCCUGCUGUCUGCGCAACAGUAUCAAGAUCUGGCUCCGAAUCUCAGCGACUUGGCAAGUUCAGGCAAAUACAGGGACCUUCCACCCCAUUCAAGGCUACACCAUGGAUUUACAUUUGAUGCCGGGAUGUCCAUGAAUGAAUUAACUGCACAGAAUAAUAUAAAAAUGACCCCGAUGAGUGAGAGGACAAGAAGGAGAACUCAAGUCCGUGAUAAUGAGCAACACUAUCGACAUCAUCGCCAGAGAAGGUCAAGGCGUUCCCGUUCUGAUAACGCCCUCCACUUGGCCAGUGAGCAGUGUAAUAAAAUCAAGGAGAAGCCACUAGCGAGAACUAGGGAGGAAUAUGAGCGGCUCAUGCAACAGAGGGGCGUUAGGGAUUCCAUGGAUCAAGCCGUUCGAAGAGAAAUGUACAACCGUUAUCAAAAGACUGCUUCCGACCUUGCUUUACAAAACCAUCUCUAUGACAGAUGGGGGCAGCACAUGAACGACCAAGACUGGUGUUCCACCUGCUCCUCCUCUUCAGAGUCUGACAAUGAAGGAUAUUUCUUAGGAGAACCAAUUCCGCAGCCUACCAGACUGAGAUAUGUCACCAGCGAGGACCUUAUCCAUCAGUACGGCCAAUGCUCUGGAGGCAUACCUAAGUCUUCCACAUUAGGUGGCCGAGGACAAUUGCACAGCAGAAAAAGGCGAAAAAGCAAAAAUUGCAUCAUCUCCUAGAAUUGGAUUGCACCGACCCAGAAAUGCACACGAACAACACACACGCAGACUUGCACUGGUCUACAUUGUGAACUUUUAUUUUACACCAAAUUAGACAAGUGCAAAAUCCCUUUAUUUAAUUCUUCCGAUUGAGGUGGAACAUCAAAGUCUAAAUUAAAAAAACAGAGUUGAGUAAUCUUGAUCAGAUGCCCCAAACCCUCGGGUCUGCACCUUUUCACUUGGAUGUACUGUAAGUGCCUCGUGUAAUUGCUUCUUGAGCUCUGCGUGUAGCCAACUUCAAAGCGGGAGAUGGUAGAACCAGUUAAUUGGAGAAUCACCUUCUCGUGGGCUUUGUGGAACUGUAGCCAAUCAGAGCUCACGCAUUUCAAAAGCUGACAGAGCCAACUGCAACAAGAGCAUUUACAAGAUGAAACAAUCCAAUGAAUUUCACAAAUCAAAUCUGUGUAGAACCUUAUUUUUGCCACUGACCGACCAAUAUAAAGUUCAGGAGGCCUGUAGAAUAAAUAAGCCCCAUUAUUGUUAAUAUUUUCCUUUUUUUUCAAUUUUUUAAUUUGCACAUUUCACUUUGGAAAGCAACUCUCCCUUUGCUUCUUACCCCGUUCAGUCCGCCAAUAUAACUACAUAACUGCCAGGCUUCUGUACAGACCCAACACGUUCUCCAGAUUGAAUGUACGCUGUAUCCAAAUGUGCGCUGCUUGCCUGUAUCAUUCUAUAAUAGACCUCAGCGCUUGUUCUUACUUUUUUUUUUUUCCGUUUGCCACUCCUAUUUUUAAGUAUUUUAUUUCCUCGACAAAAAAAAAAGAAAGAAAGAAAGAAACGCUAAUGCUUUAAGUUAUUUACGCUCUCAUUGUAAAUGGUAUGUAAAUGAAAGUUCUGAUAAACUAUUUUUGUAUUUUGUAAUAUCAAAAAUGAGUUUCUAUGUUUUAGGAUUAUAGAGAUAUAUGUAUAUAUAUCGGAUCUGCAUGCCCGGCUCAUACGUUCUCUGGUUGGUUUUGAUGGCAAACUCUUUGUUUCAAAAAUUUGUUUGCAAAUUGUGUAAUUUAUACAUUGAGGAGAGGUUGACUUUGGCUUUUACUAGUUGGAUCUCUUCACCCUGCAUGGAGAGAGUUUGGCUUGGCAGGUAUGAUUUAUUAAGUCUAGCACCUUAAAUAUUUAAAUAUGUAGGUAUAUAUAUAUACUGUAUACACACAUAAUACAAGGUGAUUUCAGGCAACAUAACCUGGCACAAUUUCAGGCCGUUCUUCAGAAAAUUACCAAAGGACACUCAAAUUUCUAUCCAGCAUUGGAAUAAGACACCGACAUCAAAAUAGAGAAUUAACUUAGGAAUCCUGUUUGAGCGAGUGGAACACUAAUUCAUGUAUAAUGCUUCAGUCUUCCCGGCCAAAGGCUUUCUGGCUCUGCCUCUAUCUGGCAAUUUAUUUUUCUCCCUCUCUUAGGGUUUAUAUUAAGGAAACAGUCUAUUACUUGACCUAGUUUGUGGGUUUUGGAGUCUAAAAACUAUAGCAGCUUCAUUCCUCCCAUUAUAAAACAUUGCUAUCAAAUCUUUUUUUCUCUUGCGAGAUUCAAGAGGAUACACCAAUCAGAAUCCACCGAUGAGAAUCCAUGUUACCUGACCCACAUACAGGUACCAGGACCUGUAAUCCAGAAUGCUCAGGACCUGGAAUUUUCCAGAUAAGGGAUAUUUCCAUAAUUUGGAUAAGUCUGCUAGAAAUAUAUCAUUUAAAUAUUAACAAUAUUUAAAUAUUAAAAAAAUA